AAAAAUGUCAUCAUCCCAAAGUCAUCAUACUUCAAUGCACGAGAAACGUGUCUACAAAGUAGACAACGAAUUCCGUCCCGCAGGUCGUGUCUUCCUGAAAGCACAAAACCCAAUUCCCGUGCCAGAGCGCAAAUCUAGCCUCAAAAUGUACGUGCCAAAAGGUCCUGCCAUCACGACGCCUGUCGACGACCCCAACAAAGGCGUAACGUUCGAGCAUCAAGUUUUGCACGAAAAACAUGUCGAAGCUGUUGUCUCCGAUUACGCAUCGCCUUACGAUCAAUUUCCCUCGGGAGAUUUUCGAUCUUUGCCGCCUGUCGACACUGUCGACGCAUCAUCUAGUCAAGCGCUUGUGCGCGCCGGAAACGGCGCUCCGGGAAUGUCUUUCGCGGAAAUCACGAGAAACAAGAGAUCUGCCACGGAAGUCACGGGAAGCAGUUUCGAGACGACGAAACGCAGUCAACGCGGCGACGAUGGGCAUCGACGUGUCACAACGCAUAUUGUGCGCAAAGUAACGACUCUCAGUAGAGCACAGGAAAAGGCAAUGGCAGAUAAUCAGAUGCAAUUGACGAAAGAUGUUAGAACCGUGGAAUUGGGUUAUGUGUCGGGAGCACUUCCGAAUAUCCCGAAACGGCAAAAGUUGGUUGGAAAGACAGACAUCAAAAAUCAUUAA